CCACUAGCUUAUCCUACAUUCCUACUUCCUCCCCUCCACAACUCCAUCCCCAACCCAAAGUCAGCGGCUGACGCGGACGCCGGCGAGCCGCGCCGCCGGAGGACCCCCGCCUCCUGCCCAGCACACCGCCGGCCGCCGCAGCCAUGUGCUCCGUCCACUUCUUCCCCGCCGCCUCCCAGACCCGGGUCCCGGCCCGCCUCCUCAAGCCCUCUGCAAAGCCACCGUUCCCGUCCCCCCGCGUCGUGUCCACCGCCGCCUUCCACCACGGCGGCGGCGGCGGCAAUGCACAUGCGUGGCGCCGCCCGCACCUCUGGCUGCGGCGGGUGGUACGCGCCCCCGCGGCUCCCGCCGAAGCGCCGCCCGUGGGCCCCGACGGCGGGAGCGGGGGCGGCGGCGCGGGGGGAGGCGGCGGCGGGGAGGACGAGGAGGAGGAGGGGGAGAGGAAGGAGAAGGGCCUGCUGCCCGAGUGGAUGAACGUGACCACGGAGGACGCCAAGACGGUGCUGGCCGCGGUGGCCAUCUCGCUCGCCUUCCGCUCCUUCGUCGCCGAGCCGCGCUUCAUCCCCUCGCUCUCCAUGUUCCCCACCUUCGACAUCGGCGACCGCAUCGUCGCCGAGAAGGUUACUUACUACUUCAGAAAACCAUGUGUAAAUGACAUAGUAAUUUUCAAAAGCCCGCCAGUGCUACAGGAGGUUGGAUAUACUGAUAAUGAUGUUUUCAUCAAAAGAGUAGUUGCGAAGGGGGGCGAUGUUGUUGAGGUUCAUGAAGGAAAACUUGUUGUGAAUGGUGAGGCUAGAAAGGAAGAAUUUAUUCUUGAGCCACCUUCUUAUGACAUGAAUCCAGUGCAAGUACCUGAAAACUCAGUUUUUGUAAUGGGAGAUAACCGGAACAACAGUUAUGAUUCGCAUGUGUGGGGCCCUCUUCCAGCAAAGAACAUAUUGGGGAGAUCGGUUUUCCGGUAUUGGCCUCCUGGUCGCAUAGGUGGUACAGCCAAGGGUUGCCUCAACCCCGAACUGAGCCCUGAGACAAAGCCAGGAUCACUUAUUGAUGUCAAAUUGACCAAGUAGAAGUUGAUCAAUUAGUUAUUUUUUUCGCGACCGUGCCUAAGCACAUUUUUCAUUAAGAGGAAGAAGAAUGUGUUACAAGAGGGCUCGACUGCGGAAAGGAGCCCGCCUGACACAAAUACAAAAGAUCAUUACACCGUAAUUGUUGCGCGACCUGUGAGCCUGCCUAGAGCGGCUACCGCUAACUCCAACUGUUUGUACCCGGCUUGGUACCAAGACAUAAUCUCCUCUAUGACCCUAGACAAUAAAUCAUCGAUUGUUUGGACUCGGCGAUCGAAGGUCCUAUUA